GUGCUUUCGCCGCGUAUCAAAGUAAUCGCGUUAAAUGUGAACCAAAGGGAUCUAAAUAUUCAUUCUGUCAAAACAGCUCGCUUCUGUGGUUAAACGAGUCGCGCCUAGUGAAAGCGCUCGCGGAAUAUGACAGUUCUCGCGCGCGGACCGCCGCAUCCGUUCUGACGAUCGGUGGCAUUUUCCUGGUGCGUGGCUUUCGGCUGUGAUAGGAUGUGCCGGGCGCGACGGUGACGGUGCCGAACUAUGGAGGACAACUGCACGAUCCGGCCCUGCGCCACGGACUUCAGCAUAGCGGCGAUCAUGUCGAGACAUGGUCGCGCUCGGACGGCCAGAUGCAGGGAUCCGCCGGAUACCAUCUCGCCUCUGGAAAAGUUCGUCGAAACAUCGGCGUCCUCUGUGCCCUCCACACCUGAACCCGGUGGACUGGACUGUACUGUGGUGAGUGCGGACACUGAAAGCGGUCGGGAUUCGCCCGUCGAUGUCUCUUCGACUUCAGAGACUGGACUACCCUCCCAGUCUCACUCUAGCGGGAGGAGGUCGCCCAACAGGAACCCUCUACUGCAGGAGAUCUGUACCAGCGAGGAGCUGAGGAACGUCACGUGUCACUUGGAGACGAAGGAUCUAUGGGAUAAGUUCAACGAGCUGGGCACCGAGAUGAUCAUAACCAAGACGGGAAGGAGAAUGUUCCCUACAGUGAGAGUGUCCUUCACGGGGAUCCGCUCUGACCAGAGGUACGCGGUGCUCCUGGACAUCGUCCCCGUCGACAAUAAACGCUAUCGGUACGCCUAUCACCGAUCGUCUUGGCUGGUGGCGGGUAAAGCCGAUCCUCCCGCUCCUUGCAGGAUCUACGCUCACCCUGACUCACCUUACACCGGGGAGCAGCUCAGGAAGCAAGUGGUGUCCUUCGAGAAGGUUAAACUGACCAACAACGAAAUGGACAAGCACGGACAUUUGGUGUUGAAUUCAAUGCACAAGUACCAACCCAGAAUACACCUGGUGAAGAGGGCCGAAGGAGCGUCCGGUCUUGUGUCAGACCUAGAAAAUGAAGAGUACAAGACCUUCAUAUUUCCCGAGACUAUCUUCACAGCGGUUACGGCGUAUCAAAAUCAACUGAUAACGAAGCUGAAGAUUGACAGCAACCCAUUUGCUAAGGGCUUUAGAGACUCGUCCCGGCUCACCGAAUUUGAAAGUUUUCAUGAUUACAGGGAGACCAUGGAGUCUAUGCUGGCCGAACAGCACUACUUCCGUUCCCCCCUGCGUCCCUUUGCAGAUCUAGACACUCACAACAACAACCUCUCCCUGGAGGAGAAGGCCAUCCUCGCGGCGCGCUCCCAGCUCUUCCUGAGAGCCGCCGCCGCCGCCGCGGGACCCUACGGCCCGCUCAUGGGAGGCCUCUAUGGAGCGGGGGCUUCUCAAAGCACCGCGGUACCUCCAGGUGUGCUCUGGAACCAAUGGGCCUGUCUGGGGCCGUCUCUGUUGGCCACGCAACAUCAGCACCAGCUAGCCGUGGCAGCUGCUGGCAGUUCUCAGCUGCAGGCGCCGAUUUCUCCCCUUGCUAGGCCCUUGGCCCAGCACAGGUACUCACCUUAUGCUCCACCGCAGAGGUCGUCGCCGGAUACCAGUCUGAGGGACGACAGGGAGUCCCCCAGCAGCCCCUCCUAGGGGCCCUUCUUGUGAUAUGUAGCGGAUUUGUACUUAAAAUUAGUAGGUACUUGAAGUUUGAUGCAAUUGGACUCGCCACUUGGUGGGUGUUGAGGAUUUUAUUGUUGUUUUGUUUGUUGAGUGGGGUGGACACUAUGUACAUUCUAAAAGAGGUUAAGCGUAGACGUUGUAACUAGGUGCAAUGAUAAAUUUUCGAGGAUUUGUUACGAAGUGGUGCGAAGUAUCGAAAAAAGUUUGAUAUAAACGUCAUUGUUAGAAUCAAAUUUUUUUCUAUACAUAAUUUUCGUUAAAAGAUUAAUCUUGAGUAGUUUUUAUAUCUACUUACUGUUUCAAUGUUGUUAAAUCAUAGCGGAUAUUUUCUGCACCAUUUAUGGGUCGGUAAAUUGAAAUGCAGGCUUCUCACUUCAAGAUUGAAAAGCAAAUUUCAUAAAUAUAUACAGGGUCUUUAUUAAGUACUUUACAAACUU